AUGGCAUACCAAUCUACCUCUUACCUCCUUCCCCAAGUCGAUGGUGUUACCCAUCGCAACGCGGCACUCCCACCUAUGUGCCCCAGUCGUCAAAGCUUUACGGUUGCCCCAAUAAGAAAUCAUCCUAUCCUCAAAGAGUACUUGCAUUCGCCAUCUCAAAACGGCAUCCCCGGACGUGCUCGUCCACUCCCAACACGUUAUACGAAGAAGGACGCAAAGCCAUAUGGUGACGAAGUAAUCUUGGACCCUUACUGGCAUACUGCCCAAAUGUCUUCAAACUGGAACGCUAGAAAUGAUCGCGCCAUUGCUUCCGCGAGUCCUAAACGGGACUUAUUUCCGAAUCUCUGCAAUCGAUUCAACGACGGUCUCAUUGGUCGGAGGCAAUUCAGGGAUGCUCUUCAUGAUCUCUCCCGAGUCAACGGCUCUUUAAUCAACCAUGAACCACGAGGGCUUCUUCCAAGUGGAUUCAUCACGCCAAACCGAAGCCGGGCAUCUUCAUUUGAUGACCAUUCACAAGACUUGUCGGACGAAUCAGACAUAUUGGAGGAAUCUCGAGAUUUUGAGCCAGAAGCCGCUCAUGUUGACGAUCUAAACCAACAUUCAUCAACUUCCGACAAUCUUAAUCGACAUCAUUAUCGAUCGAAUGAAGACAUCAGGGAGCUUGAGGAUGGUGAAGGCGUCGAGGCUGGGGAUGGCAAAGGGGAUUCCGGAUAUUCGUCUCAUGAUGAACCGGCGGACAAUAGUCGACAGGAGGCGACCGAAGACACAAAUCCGCAAGCAUCUACAUCUCGAUCAUCGGCCAAGGAGAACUCUAAUCCGGUGCAAGCGAGUAUGGAAGCUGGACCUUCGGUCAUUAAACCCUGCCCCCCUGUCGAUGAGAUUCCACUUCAAAAGAUCUUGUCGACUUUCCGGACUAAAUCCCUACACGUUAUGUCAGAUCGGAUUUGUUACGACUCUAAGCACGAUAAACCUUUAAAGGCUCGAGUCCGACUAACAACGAAACGACCACUAACGGAGGCAUCUGGGCAAGACUUUAGUAAGAAGAUGAAGAUUUUGUUGGGUCAUGACAAGAAGCAAUGA